AGCACAUCCCUCUAUCCUCCACAGAGAGAACAGUCACCUUUCCCUGUCCCUGUCACUCAUCUACUGGGUCUCCCUUUCCUUCCUUCUCUCAGUCUGUUUGUCAGCCUGGAGCCUGGAAUGCUCUGGAACUGAGUGUCACUUUAAAAACAACUAACAGACCAAAAAGAAAAAGGGAGAGAGCGAGAAUGGGAGAGAGCGAGCAAGGAACAGGCAGUGGGAAUGUUUGUGUUUGUCGCAACCAGACUUUGGCUCUCAGGGUUUCUUCAGUUACAGGACAGGAGAGAGGAGAGAGGGAUAGAGCCAUUGGGGAUUUCUCUAGCUGCGUGGGAUAUUGACACAGGAUUGCGGUGACCUCUCUUUUUACGGAGUGAUCAGAAUGUUGGAUCCUUAGAGAGAAGAGCGAGGAAACAAGGCAUUUUAGUCUGACCUGUGGAUACCUACCUGUCAUCUGGUGUACCUGUUUUCUUGUAGAUAGCUACUUGUGUGUUUCUAUGAUGGAAGCAGUACUGCUGGGUCUGGAGGAUGUGCUGUUCACACGUCAGGGUCUGCUAUGGACAUUCACCUCCUCAGCUCUCAGACAUCUCCGCGCACUACACCUCACACACGCACACAGGUGUGUCCCCAGGCCACUGUACCAGAUGACAGAGGGGAGGCGAUGUCAGGUCCAUCUCCUGGACGACAGGAAGCUGGAGCUCCUCGUACAGCCCAAGUUGAUGGCCAAGGACCUGUUAGAUUUGGUGGCCUCCCACUUCAACCUGAAGGAGAAGGAAUACUUUGGGAUCUCCUACACAGACGAAACGGGUCAUUUCAGCUGGCUGCAGUUGGACCGGAGAGUUCUAGAACAUGAGUUCCCCAAGAAGUCUGGACCCAUCGUCCUGUACUUCUGUGUCAGGUUUUACAUAGAGAGUAUUUCCUACCUGAAGGACAAUGCUACUAUCGAACUCUUCUUCCUCAAUGCUAAGUCCUGCAUAUACAAGGAGCUCAUUGAGGUGGACAGUGAGGUGGUCUUUGAGCUGGCCUCCUAUAUCCUACAGGAGGCUAAAGGUGACUUCAUCAGUAAUGACGUGACAAGGUCAGACCUGAAGAAGCUUCCAGCUUUGCCGACUCAGGCCCUGAAGGAACACCCAUCUCUGGCCUACUGUGAGGACCGGGUGAUAGAACACUACAAGAAGCUCAAUGGACAGUCCAGAGGGCAGGCCAUAGUCAAUUAUAUGAGCAUCGUUGAGUCUCUGCCUACAUAUGGAGUACAUUACUACACUGUUAAGGAUAAGCAGGGAAUUCCGUGGUGGCUGGGACUGAGUUAUAAAGGAAUCUUCCAGUAUGACUACCAAGACAAGGUCAAGCCCAGGAAGGUGUUCCAAUGGCGUCAGCUGGAGAACCUCUACUUCAGAGAGAAGAAGUUCUCAGUGGAAGUUCACGACCCCAGGAGUAGGGCGUCGGUGACCAGAAGGACGUUUGGCCACAGUGGUAUAGCUGUCCACACCUGGUACGCCUGCCCUGCUCUCAUUAAGUCUAUCUGGGCCAUGGCCAUCAGCCAACACCAGUUCUACCUGGACCGCAAGCAGAGCAAGUCUAAGAUCCAUGCGGCUCGUAGCCUCAGUGAGAUAGCCAUCGACCUGACAGAGACUGGCACUCUGAAGACAUCUAAACUGGCCAACAUGGGCAGCAAGGGCAAGAUCAUCAGUGGUAGCUCUGGCAGUCUGCUCUCCUCAGGUUCCCAGGAGUCGGACAGUUCUCAGACAGCUAAGAAAGACAUGCUGGCAGCCCUGAGAGCCAGACAGGAGGCUCUGGAGGAGACUCUCAAACAAAGAUUAGAGGAACUCAAGAACAUCUGUAUCAGAGAGGCGGAAUUGACAGGGAAGCUGCCUAAGGAGUAUCCAUUGGAUCCAGGGGAGGAGCCUCCGACGGUCAGAAGGAAGAUCGGCACUGCCUUCAAACUGGACGAACACAAGAUCCAGCCGAAGGGAGAGGAGGAGGAGCUAGAGCGUCUAGAGAGGGAGUUUGCCAUCCAAUCCCAGAUCACAGAGGCUGCGAGGCGUCUGGCCAGCGAUCCGCACGUGAGCAGUAAGAAGCUGAAAAAACAGAGGAAGACGUCGUACCUGAACGCGCUGAAGAAACUCCAGGAGAUAGAAAACGCCAUCAACGAACACCGUGUCCGCUCUGGGAAGAAACCCACGCAACGCGCUUCGCUUAUCAUAGAGGGUGAGACUACACACAUGCUGAGAGAAUCGCUUAUAAGAACCACAUCGCGUAAUAAAGAGGAGGCCAACAUGGGCUCAGAGGACAGCUCUCUGUCUGACGCUCUGGUCCUAGACGACGAUGACCCCCAGAUGACAGGGACCCCCACCUUCUCUCCGGCAGCAUCUCCCCAUAAGGGCCUCCCUCCCCGGCCUCCCUCCCACAGCCGGCCCCCUCCCCCCCAGUCUCUAGAUGGCCUCAGCCACCUGCACUACGCCCGCUCCGAAUACGACAAGUCCCCCAUCAAACCCAAGAUGUGGAGCGAGUCCUCGCUGGACGAACCCUAUGAGAGGGUCAAGAAACGCUCUUCACACUCCAAUCACAGGCGGGUACCCGGCUCUGGUAGUUGUGCGGAGGCAGGAGGCAGUAACUCUCUGCAGAGUAGCCCCAUCAGGAGUGUUCCUCACUGGAGCUCCCAGUCCAGCAUGCCCUCCACCCCCGACCUGAGGACCAGGACCCCUCACUACGUACACUCCACCAGGUCUGUGGACAUCAGUCCCACCCAUCUUCACAGUCUGGUUCAGCACUUUAGGAACCGCAGCUCCAGCCUGGAAUCUCAGGGCAAGCUGCUGGCCUCCGACCCCGACACACACACUCACACACACACCCUGGGAGCCCCCGGCAGCCCAGACAUCUUCCUGGCCCCGGGGACUCGCAACUCCAAUGGCUCUGACCCGUUGGACGACUGUUCGUCCUGUACCUCCCAGAGCAGCUCAGAACACUACUACCCUGGGGUAGCUCCAGGCUCCAACCCAAACUACUCCACCCUAGGAGAGGACUCCCCUUCCAAAGCCAGGCAGAGACAGAGACAGAGGCACAGGUCUGCAGGUCACCUUGGUUCCUCUAACUCUGGCUCCAUGCCCAACCUUGCAGCCAAGAACGGUUCAGGGUGCGGUGGUAUGGGGGUGGCAGGGACUGGGUCAGGGCAGCAUGGGGUGUACCUCCACAGCCAGAGCCAGCCCUCGUCCCAGUACCGGAUUAAAGAGUACCCCCUGUACGUAGAGGGAAGCCCCAACCCGGUGGUGGUGCGCAGCCUGGAGAGUGACCAGGAGGGCCACUACAGCGUCAAGGCCCAGUUCAAAACCUCCAGCUCCUACACAGCCGGGGGGCUCUACAAGGAGACCUGGGGGCGAGGAGGGGGAGAGGGGAGCAGCAGACUCACCCCGUCCCGCUCCCAGAUCGUACGGACUCCCUCACUGGGGCGAGAGGGGGGAGGAGGGGGGAGGGCGGUGGUGUCAGAUGAGUUGAAGUGUUGGUACCAGCGCUCUACGGGCAGUGUAAAGGAGAGGAGUCACGCCGGCUCCAACACGUCGGACAGCGGCUCGCUGCAAGGCACGCUGGGACUCGGACGAGGGAGCAGGGUGGGGACACUCGCCAAGGGAUCACCAGCGUCCCCUCACAGCCCGAGGAGUGGGACUCCCUCUAGUGAACAGGCCGCAACACCCACGCCCCCCUGCAGCCCACAACACAUCCUCAACUGGCAGAGCGGCGGUACAGCAGACAGCUCUCCUACUGAAGACGUGUGUCAGUCUCCCACUCAGCCCAGCUCUGACGCAUAGAGGUCAUUCAAUGAUAGUUGUUUUCUCAGCAGUCCUCUGUGUUCAGAGCUGGCAGAUGUCCAGUGGUACGGACACGACAAGGCCAAACCUGGAACCCUGGUCUGACCACCACCUAACACCUACUGACCCUUACUGACCCUCAACACUGACCCUUACUGCCUCCACCAACCUCUCCUCUAGCCCUGACUAGACUGGCCUCAUCAUGGACAGGAAACCCUCCUCCAUCCCUCCCUUUAUCCAUAUUUCCCUUUAUUAUUUUAUGUGCAUAUCAAGUUUGGUUGAGCUGGAGUUUAUAGGAAGGACAUGCCCAACUGGGCAGGACUAUUGCUGUGGAACAGCCAAACAGAACCGCUGAAUGAUCGUGAACUCUGACCUUUAAUCUCUGACCCUGCUUCAGUCUGAGCCCCAGGUAGACCAGGAGUGGGAAAGGGGGGAGGUGGGGGGGGGAAGAGCACACACACACACACACACACAACCCCCUGCCCAGACUACACGGCCCUCAGGCCCUGACUUAUAUCUACCCCUGACCCCAGUGUGUUGCCAGCCAAUCAGAGGAUACUUGCAAGAUGAAAUGUGUUUUGGCUCAAAUUCUGGGCCUGUGUGUGUACGCUGGAUCUGCUAGGUUAAUUUCAUUGUUGAAGUCUUUGUUUAUUUCUCUGUAUCGUUUGUACAAAAAAAUGAAAAUAUUGCUUGGGAGAGACUCAAUUACUUUUUCACCCUUUAGGAAAAUUGCAGAGCAGAUUAUUGGAGAAUUCUAGAUUAUCUGAAAGACAAAAGACAAACGUACAAACAUUCCCAACUAUUAUAAUCCCAAUCCCAACUAUCUAUCCCACAACCAAAGAUCCACCUGACUGACCAAUGGCACCAGUCCCAUGGACACACUUGGAACACUGGUUUAUCAUACUGGAAGCUACACCCCACAUACUGGGAUUUUUCAGAGGAACAGAAAGACUGGUCAAUUCUACUGGGAUCCUGCUGGGAGUUCUGAGCACAUCUAUUGGGAUGUCAGUCAUCUGGAUUGGGGGUGUACAACAGCCAGCCAGACUGAUCAACUAGUCUCUGAUACUGGGACUAUCCACACUGCUACUGAGCAGUGAGCUCCUGGACUUGGAUGUUUUGCCACUAUGCUGGGGCACUGUGCUUAGCUGUACUGGGAGAUUAUGGGCGAACUGGGGGCCCUGCACAGCCAGACCACAAACAGACAGGGACAGACGGGGGGCCCUGCACAGCCAGAUCAGAGACAGACAGGGACAGAAUGGGGGCCCUGCUCAGCCAGUCCAGAGACAGACAGGGAUGGACAGGGGGCCCUGCACAGCCAGACCAGAGACAGACAGGGACGGACUGGGGGCCCUGCAAAGCCAGACCAGAGACAGACAGGGACGGAAUGGGGGCCCUGCUCAGCCAGACCAGAGACAGACAGGGACCGACUGGGGGCCACAGACACUUCUUCAGGGUUUGGGUCCUGGAGAGCCAGAAUAUGCUAGGAAUCUCUUGCUUAUAGCUAAUGUCUUGAGUUUGGGUGAAACUAUAGCAAUGUGUGUAGUAGUUUUGGGUUGAAUUGGAAUUAAGAACACAUGUAGUUUUGUGGGUUUAUUUCCAAACAUAUCUGCAGGCUUUCAGUGGUCUAUUUCAUCUGGCUCCUCCCCUUCAUUUGACUUUCUGGUGAGAGGUGAAAGCUAAUUGGAUGUUUAGGGCUGUGUGGAGCUGUCAAUCACACAGUUGUAGCAAAGGGCACACCCCUCCCUCACAGUCGAGCUGUGCAUAUGAUGAGAUUGGUGAGAUCUUAAACACUUCUCCAUGCGUUGUGACAUCAUAUACCUGACUGUCUGUGCAGUCCUAUGUUAAAAACGGGAUGUAACCCAUGUUUAAGGACCAGUCUGUCUGUGUCACGUCAAUCUGUCAGUCUGUCUGUCUGUCCAACCCCAAGAUUGGUCAUUGUCUCAGACACCAGUGUAGUAUAUUUGGGGGUUAAUAUUUAGAUAAAGCUUGAGACCUGUAAACUCCA